GUUGAAUGCACAGUGGACAGUUAACACCCAUCUUCUAUGUGGUGUUCUUCAGUUGAAAUACCAUACCUACAGUACAUAUAUAGAUACAUACACACAUACAUACAUAUAUCGACAAUCGGAAAAGGAGAAGCAGAUGAUGAUGUCUGCAGUUCUAAUUUCCCCUGCAUCAUGUUCCCUAUGGAAGUUAAGAGCUGUACCAAAACAGCUCUCAUCAUCAUCAGUAUCACCAAGGCGUAAUACUCGGGUUAAGGCAUUUUUCUUUAAUCCCAAAGAUGACCCCGUUAUCAAAGAAGCUCUUAAGGAACCUGUUGCCUUCAUGGGUGGGAUGUUUGCGGGCCUUCUGAGGCUUGAUUUGAAUGAAGAUCCAUUAAAAGAUUGGGUUGCUAGGACCGUGGAAGCUUCAGGGAUGUCAGAGGAAGACAUUGAUGCUGAAGGGUCAAAAGCAGAAGAUAUCCCACAACAGAUUGAGAUUGAAUGACAGUUGUUUUUGUUGUUUCCUUUUCUGUAUCUUGUACCUGUCUUAAUAUUUGUUUGCACAAAUAGACGGUGGUUAUUAAUGUGGCCUGGUAAUGUAUUGUAUAAACUACAUAUCUUAUGACAGAAAUAGUGGAGUUGGUCUA